AUGUUAGAUUCUGAAGACCAAGACGUUAUCAAUGAGAUUGAGAAGCGAGUAAGUUUAGGAAUUUUUUGAUUAUACUGUCUAAAACUAUGUUAUAAUUUUAAAAGUAAAAAAUAUUUAAAUGAUAUUAUGAAAAAGUAAAAAACGGGCAUAUUGAUGUGUUAGAUUGUUCAAAUAAUUCUGUGCUCCUAGACCUUGAAGAUUUGCUUUCAGAGGGGCACAGGUUUAUUGAACAACCUAAUCAUUAUUUAAAAAAAAUAAUUUCAGGAAUUGGAUGAACUACCUUUCGACUAUCUACGCUCACUACAAUCCAAUCUUUCUUUAUACUACUUGCCAAUAUUCAUAAUAUUAAUACCAAUUUUAUGGUAUUUGACCACUUUUCCUUACCGAGCAGCUUUACAACCUUUAGACCCGACUUUGGACCGAAUAUUGGUGCCAUACAACAUUUCUAUUCGCUCUAAACGACAAUGGAGGAGUCCAAUCGAAGAAGCGAUCCAGAAUCUUCAAAAACAACAUGAAAAUGUCAAAUUCUUUAUAAAAUACGUAGUUUUGGAGGAAGAAGCUGGAAAGGAAUUUGUUUUAGAUCGAAAUGGAUUGAACUUGGUGGUUUUUGAAGGGAAGACUAAUUUGAUAAGAUUUGUGAAGGAAGAUUACGUUGUAGUUGAGCUGAAGGAUCAUUAUCAGUUGGAGAAUCUACUGAAGAAGGUAUUAGGAUUAGAGCGAUUGGACAUUAUUCAAAAGACCGAUGAAAACACGUUGGAUGUGGUAAGAAUAAUAGUUUAAAGUUUUUUUAAACGCAAUUUGAGUAUUUUUAAAUCAUAAUGUCACAAAAAAUAUGAUUUUAAACUUUUUCUUUAGCAAUCAAUGUCCGUAUGGGAUCGAAUGCCAAUAUCCAACUUUUAUCAUCUCCAACUUGUCUAUCUACAUGAAAAUGGAGUCCGAAGUGCUGAGAAAGAAGAAAAGAUUCAACGAGAAACAGAAAAGUUUGUCCAAUUGGCUAGUAAAUAUGGUUUUUAUGCUGAUAUUGGAAUAGAACACUUGUGGGACUUUGAUGUGGACGAUUAUAUUGAGGUAGGUUAAACAUUCCUCAAGCUUUAAAUUGAGCUCAAGUUAAACAAUAAAGUAGAUUUAUAACAAGUUAGAGUAGAUGUAUUUGAUGCAGCUUGUUGAUGUAAUGCUAAUAUUGUUAUAGGUUGAUCAAAAGUCAGGCGAAAAGAGAUUUAAGAACGACAAGCUCGAGACAUUGACUACAGAAGUUAACAAAGGUACGGCGUGGACGAGGUCGCUUGGAAUUGACAAGCCUUUGAUUAAAAUUGCUAUAUUCAGUUUGAAUGAUAAUAUAAACUUCUACAAUAAUGUAAGUUUAGACCUUUUUUAAAUUGUAGUAGGUUUGCAACAGGUAUUUUAUUAUUGCAUUAUCUUUAAAAUUUAUGAGGUUUAUAUUGUCAACAAACUUUUUUUGAGUUUUAAAUGAGCUAAAGCGUUUUUUUCAGGGAAAGCUUCUAAACGGCCAAAUCAUAGCCUCAUGGGGAGGUAUAACAUCUACAUCAGUGAAUUCAACCACUCAAUCUCAACAAAAACGAUUGUUCUCGGCUGUGGUAGAUAUUGUAAAAGCUCAACUUGGAGUAUCAGAGCUUCCACACAUUCUAACAUUACUGGAUGAUAACAACAAAGCGACGGAUGUUGUUGUAGAUAGUAAUGAUAAAGGCUUACCAAUGGAAUACGAAUGGAGAAGAUUUGAAAAGGCGGCAUUUUUGGAACAUUGCCAGAGGGCACGGGCAGCUUUAAAGACGAUUCACUUAUUGAAGAAGAAGCUCGAGUUUAUGGUGAUUACGAGAGAAGUGGCAGUCCAUUUCUAUGAAGCUCAUGAGAUAUUGGUACAGACCUUGUUGGAGGCUAGGGUGUACGGGAAGUUGGGUGAGUGUUAUUUGUGUUUACUGCGUAGAAGUUUAAAAGUAUGUUGAAUCAUAUUGUAGUCAGGACGGUGCUACAGAAGUUGGGGUUAAAUAGGUUCUUUUAAACAACUACUUUCAGACAUCAAAAAGGCGAUCCGUGCCCGCUUAUUGGCCGAGAGGGCUGCUGCUCACAAGGAUUUGAUUGACAAUCUCGAUUUUCCAUUUGAAAACCGUUAUGCCAUGUACAUAUCUCUGUUUCUACCAGUGUAUCACAUGAUGUAUGGAGGUGGAAUGGCUGCUCUGGCUUUUAUCGUAUUCUACUUCAAGGUAAAGAGAGGCAAGGAAGUGAAAGGCAAGAUGUUACCGUAUUAUUAA